AUGGCCGCCUCACCACAACGGCGAGACACUAUUUCAACGAUAGCGGGUAGCGAAGCUGGUGUAUCUGAUACCUGCCGAAUCUGCCGGAGUGAAGGGACCAUUGAGGAACCUCUAUUCUAUCCUUGCAAAUGCAGCGGCAGUAUCAAAUUCGUCCACCAGGAAUGUCUCAUGGAAUGGCUCUCCCACUCUCACAAAAAGCACUGCGAGCUAUGCAAGACACCAUUUCGCUUCACCAAACUUUACGACGCCGAUAUGCCGCAGGUCCUCCCCUGGACCGUCUUCGUACAGCGAGCAUGCCUGCAUGUGGCGUUCAUGAUUUUAAGAGCAUGUCGAGCGCUGCUCGUGAGCGCCGUCUGGCUGUUACUGCUACCUUGGUUGAUACGCUGGAGCUGGAGGUGGAUGUUCUGGGUGGCUGAUGUGGGCUGGGCGAGGGAAUCGUUUGUCAGGCAGAUGCAGAUUGAGCGGUUGCUACAAUUGCAAAACAUCAAUUCGACCAUGGAUCUCCCACAGACGGCUCAGGUGGAAUCACUCAAGUACUGGGAGAGCAAAUUCGGCAAAAUAAAGGGGGAUACUGCGCUGAAAGCAUCAGCAUGGAUAUUGGCCCAGCUUGGAAAGGAUAGCGACGCGCCUAUGGACUCUUUGAACUCAACCAUCUUCGGACCAGUAUCUGUGUCGUGGCCGCAAGCUGACUCUUCGAUCCUCUCUGGCUUUUCCUAUCUCUCCGAACUCACCAAGAAUUCCGGGUUGAACAGGAUCAUUCUCGAUGUCUUUGAAGGUCAGCUCAUCACUUGCGUUGUUAUUACCGGAUUCGUCUUGGUCUUCCUGAUCCGAGAAUGGGUGGUGCAGCAACAACCUCUGGUCAACUUGGAUAACCUUAACAUUGAGGUUCAGGCACGUCAGAGGCAGGAACGGAGAGCUCGAGAUCGCAUGAGGAGACAGUUAGACCUGCUCGAUCAGGCAAGAGCGCAAGCGAACGCGCUCGAGAAUGAAUUGGCUGCUGCGCAAGAAUCCAUAGCAGCAGCUGAAGCGGCUAGACCUGCCGAGUCUGUAGCUUCGGAGGAGCAUGAAACCAUCGAUCUGGAGAAUGUGGAAGAUCUGGUGAACGCGGUCAGCGCAAAAUAUCAUGAUCUGGAUGGUCGUGCAGCAUUUGCCGCGGACGCAAUCAAAUUGAUCAGGGACAUCCAUUUCACUGAAGGUGCAGAGCCAGACGGUCGUCCCGACGAUUCAUUUGAGGCCGCAGAGCGGUCCGACGCGAGGCUUGAGGAGGAGUAUGGCCCGCACACAAAUAACCCCUUUCAUCCCGACGGACCAGACCCUGACAAUCGUGACCGAGACACCUUCCGUGAUCGCCCAGCUGCAGCCGAAGCAGCACCAGCAGACGAAGGAGCCGAUGCUGCCAGUGAACACUCGGCUGAGACGACCGUGCCCGUCCCGCAACCGCCGGCUGCACCGCCGAGUUUCUUACAACGCACAGCAAAUUGGUUCUGGGGCGAUAUCCAGUUGCUCGAGCGUGGACCCGAUCCCGUACCUGUCCCACAAGAAGAAAGAAUUGACCCUGCGGAACCUUUGGUGGAGAUCCCUGACGUGCCGGAUGCCAAUGCCGAUAUUUUCUUCGGAGGCGCUGCCGCGCAGCAGGCUGGUCUGGAUCCCGAGGCCAUCGAAGAUGUCGACGACCUCGAAGGCAUCUUUGAGCUUAUUGGUCUGCACGGUCCGAUCAUUGGCUUGUUCCAGACAUCUUGCUUUUGCAGCGUUCUUGUCUCGGCUACUAUUGCCGGCGCUGUCGGCCUGCCAUAUCUUUGGGGCAAGGUCGUGCUAUCAUUCAUAGGAAAUCCUCUCGGCUUCAUUCUUCGCGUUCCGUUGCAAACGGCAUCGAUCGCGGCCGAUUUCCUAAUUGAUGCCUUUUUGUUCAUUGGCGGCUGGUUGGUCGUUCUUGCGACCUUUGUCGCUGGGAUCAUUCUCUCGCCCAUAUCUUCUGUGGCCAAGUCCGCUUUCAUGGGACGAGUCUCUGAUUUCGGCUUGACUACAGCAGAGCACGCCCUAACGCGUGUAGAGAAGCUUUUGUUUGCAUCUGAGUCUUCUAUUGAGUUAAAUUGGAAUUCGGCUUUCCUGAAGUGGUCAAUCCACGCUCACGACUCGCUCGUCACCAUUCAGGAUGAAGUCAACUUCGUGCUGAACUACAUCGGCAGUGUCAUCACCUCUGUUGUCGACACCAUCUCCUCCGGCUCAAUGGCUCUCGUCUGGCAACGUUCAGUUAACGCCAUGGCACAUGUUCUGGAAUUCCCUGCUCGCCUUCUUGCUGGCGUUGAGGCACUGGAGCAGUACACACGACCAUUUUUCGAUAUCAUUCGAAACCUUCGCACGGGUGCGCUCACCUUUCGUGUAUCGGAAGUGUCACUGGAACCUACGCUUGUUUACUGGAACUCGACCGAUCGCGGGCUCGCUGUCAUGACGGGAUAUGUCGCCCUUGCCGCUCUAGCCGCCAUCUAUGUUGCGCUUGAUACGCCUAUCAUGCGUACUGAGUCCGGACAGAAGACCGAAAAAAUCGUGCGCGACACUCUUCGUCAAGCUGGAGGCGUACUGAAGGUCAUCCUCAUCAUUAGUAUUGAGAUGCUCGUUUUUCCGCUCUACUGUGGACUACUCCUCGACUUGGCAUUUCUGCCAUUGUUCCAAGGUGCAUCGAUGGCGACGCGGUGGGCAUUUGCAGUGCGGGCCCCAUAUACGUUCUGCUUUGUUCAUUGGUUCAUCGGCACCUGUUACAUGUUCCACUUCGCACUUUUCGUGGGCAUGUGUCGCAAGAUCCUCCGCAAAGGCGUCCUGUGGUUCAUCCGCGACCCUGAUGACCCUACAUUCCAUCCUGUCCGAGAUGUCCUGGAACGUAAUGUCACAACUCAACUGCGCAAAAUCGUAUUCAGCGCGCUGGUCUAUGGAGCUUUGGUCAUAUUAUGUCUCGGAGGAGUCAUCUGGUCCAUUGGACACAUUUUCGAAGGGAUCUUCCCCAUUCAAUGGAUCUCGACCGAACCCGUGCUCGAAUUUCCGAUGGACCUGCUGCUGUACAACUUCCUCACUCCACUACUCAUCAAGCUUUUCAAACCUUCUGAUGCGGUCCAUGCCAUGUACGCAUGGUGGCUCAGGCGUUGUGCAAGAGCUUUGCGGCUGUCGCAUUUCCUAUUUGACGAUCGCCGGAAAGAUGAAGAAGGGCGACAUGUCCACAAGUCAUGGAUCACGCGACUUCUGCUACGAAGAGGCAACGUCGAUGCUGCUCUUCCAGAAGAUCACCAUCUAGAUGCCCACGACGAAUCGACUCCAGAUGUGUACUUCCAACGUGAUGGCAAGUACGUCCUCACACCUUGUAGUGACCAAUACCGCCCACCCAAGCCCGGCGAAGCGUUCCUAUAUGCCACGGACAACGAUGCAUACAUUGCAGACAAGGACGGCAAUAAGAAUGACCACUUCUCUCGCGUGUACAUCCCGCCCAGCUUUCAGUUACGGGUAACGUUGUUCAUGGUGUGCCUAUGGAUGUUCUCUGCCUUCACUGGACUGUGUGCCACUUUGGUGCCUCUAGUUUUCGGUCGACAUCUUUUCGGACUCUUUGUUCCCGCUGGCGUUCAAGUCAAUGACAUCUACGCCUACUCCGUCGGUGCAUACAUCAUUUUCGGAGCACUUUAUGCGGGAUACAAAUACAACUCUGCAAUCCGGUAUCUGCAAGAUAACGCCUUUAUCGUCGAUGUCAAGGCAUGGCUCAGCUCAGUUGCCCGGAAUGUCACACAAGCUCUGAAAUGCUUGUAUGUCUAUGGCUUCCUGGGCGUGGUUCUUCCCAUUGCAUUCGCCCUGAUCAUUCAAUUCUACUUGAUUCUACCAAUUCACACACUUCUGGUAGCUUCCGCAUCUACCCUGGCCAUGCACGUCCUCGCCGACUACGCACUAGGCCUGCUCUACGUCCGCAUCGCAAUCCGCUUCAUCCUCUCAACUCCGACCUCCCGCGCCGCCGAAGCCUUCCGCCGCAUCACCGCGAACGGCUACCUGGACCCGGACGCGCGUCUUGCAACCCGCUUCUUCGUCCUCCCGGCAACAAUUCUCGCUCUCGUCGUUCUCGUUGCCCCUUUGACCGUCGCCCACACCCUCAUUGUUGUCAUCAACCUCUUCCGCCGCAACGCACUCGCCACGCGGACCCAGGCGGUAAUCUAUCGCUAUGCAUAUCCGCUCAUGGCGAUCAAUAUCGUGUUGUGGAUCGUCUUGAGAAGUGCAGCAAACGCGACGGCGAGAUGGCGCGCGAGGAUCCGAGAUGAGGUAUAUCUCGUCGGCGAGCGUCUGCAUAAUUUCGGAGAGAAGCGACCGCCGGUGGGCAGUCGGAGUGUGGUGAGGAAAGACCGUUGA